CUCACCUAUCAUGGGAAGUUCUACUGGUCUCUGUGUGAACGUCUACCCCAGGAAAUGUAGCCUUAUCUGUCUGUCAAUGAAGAUGAACAAAUACCACUUUUGGGAGCCAGUUUGCACAGCCUUUUCCCCUCCUAUUUUCUAAUCUCCCACGGAAAUCAAUACACAAACAUGAUGGAUUACAACUCUUCUUGUCAUGGUGACAAGUUCCAAGUGCAGUUAUUGCCUUCAAUGUACGGUGUUGAGUUCUGUGUGGCGUUGGUUGGUAACCUGUUUGCCCUGAGACUCUUGGCGACCAGGGAGAGGAACAACUGGCACACUGGUGUGGUGCUGUCCUGUAACCUGGCCAUCAGUGACCUGCUCUAUGUCCUCACCCUGCCCCUGCUCAUAGUCUACUACAUGCAGGAGAACUGGCUGUUUGGGAUGGCGGUCUGUAAGAUAGAACGCUUCCUCUUCACCUGCAACUUGUAUGUCAGCAUCUACUUCAUCAUGUGUAUCAGUGUGAACCGCUAUGUGGCCAUUGUGUACCCCUUCUCCAGCUGGAACCAUGUGAACCCCGCCAAAGCCAAGGCUGCCAGUGUCGUCAUCUGGAUCUUUGUGACAGCCAUCUCCUCUCCUGUGCUGAAGUUUGCCUCCACAUGUCCAGAGGGAAGCAAACAAACCAAUUGUGUAUCCUAUUCCUAUUGUACCAACAGUGAUGCAGUUGAAGUUGCAUACACUCACUUUUAUUACAAAGUCUUUCUGUCUGUGGCUGGGUGUUUUAUUCCCUUCCUGGUCACAUUUGCAUCAUACUGCGCAGUGUUGAGGGCGGUGUGGAGGAAUGUGAAUAUAACCUCCCUGGAGAAACGGAAGGUGGCCCUGAUGGUGUUUGCGGUGGUUGUGCUAUACGCCAUUUCCUUUGUGCCUUAUCAUCUCCUCCAGAGCUACUAUUUCUUCCGCAAGGUUGAUGAACUUGGCUCUUUCUGCGACUGGGUGUACAAGGCCUACCAGGUGUCCAAGGGACUGGCUACACUGAACAUGUGCAUCCAUCCACUGCUCUACGUGGCUGUGUUUGAUAACAUCCGAGUGGCCUGCUGUGGAAGGAGCUCAGCAGAUAUGGCAAUGAAUAAUACAUGAACAAAAUGAUGCUCUCUCUGCUCCUUGGAUGCUUGCACUUAUGGUGUUUCUGAUAAGCAAGUGUUACACACAGUUGAUGACUUAUCUGUAAAUAACUGCAGCUAUAUGUACUUCCUUCCAAUGUUCUGAUGUAAGAUGUUUUUGAUGGUCAUGUUUCUUUUCAUGAAGUCUAAACUAUGCUCUCUUCUAUAUUCAUUAUUACAGUAUCAGAUAAUAGAAAUUGAACAUGUUCAAAAUAACUAUUUGAAAUGUAGCUACAUUACAACAUAAUAACUUACAGUUUUCACACGAUGAGAAAUAUAUUAACACCAAAAGCACUGGAUAAAAAGUUAUUAUAACAACCAUGUUGUGCCCUAGGAGACGGUGGAUGGGAAAGCGUGCUAGUUUGAAAUUGAAAAUAGGCGCUGUAGCUAUUGAUAAAGAAGAACAUCAAGACGAUGCAGUUGCUUUAGAAGUGAGAUCGGUUAAAUGGCGUCCCUUGAGAGGGCAAGAACAAGAUGUAUGUGAGGAGAAGUGCCGUAUUAUCAUAAG